GACCCGGACCGGGACUCGCACAGGGGUCGGGACCUGCACUUAGGGCCACGCUUGGGGCCGCUGCGAGCCAGACACCGGCACCGGGACCGGGACCUGGACUUCCGAACCACGCCUGAGGCUGCGAACCGGACACCGGUACCGGGACCAGCUCCCGCGCAGGGACAGCCAGCUGCUCCUGUCCACACUGUGCCACCCCGCCCAGGUGUCCCCAUGGAGUGACCCUGCACAGGGUCCCGGCAGCUGUGCCAGCACGGGGGGACAGUGGCUGCUGCCACCACCGCCAGCAUGAGCGACUUCUGGCACAAGCUGGGCUGCUGCGUCGUGGAGAAGCCCCAGCCCAAGAAGAGGAGGAGACGGAUCGACCGCUCCAUGAUCGGGGAGCCCAUGAACUUCGUCCACCUGACACACAUCGGCUCCGGAGACAUGGCUGCAGGAGAGGGGCUGCCCAUGACUGGUGCUGUCCAGGAGAUGAGGUCCAAGGGCGGCCGGGAGCGACAGUGGAGCAACUCCCGUGUGUUGUAGCAUAUUCCUGGCUUUUUCAGCCCAAACUUGAACUGCCUGAUCCCCCCCCCCCCCCGCUGGAGGAGAAGCUGACCUCGAGCUUGAACCCCGCGGUAUUUAUGCAGCACCAUCCUCACCCAGCUCCCGGUGACUUUGGGUCAUUGUCCCUCUGGAAAAUCCCUCCUUCCCGGAGGCACUGGCCGGUGACAUGGGGAGGGAGCGGGGACAGCAGCCCCCAUCCCCUGCCCUGCCUGCAAAGGACGCAGCCAUCCCCCUGAAACGUGCCAGGAGCUGCCAGGAGCAGCCCACGUGUGCCAAAUCCUCCCAGAUCUCCCUUUUUCCACUCCCGUGUCUCCCAUGGGCUGCAUGGUGGUGCCUCAGUUUCCCCAGGGAAUCAGUCAUGGUGCAGAGGCAGAUUUGGUGCCUCCCAGAACAUCACAGAGGAACAAAACCAGGAUUAAACCCUGAUAAUUCUGGUGCCAAACCAGAAUUAAACCCAAGAUGUUCUGGUGUCAAACCAGGAUUCGAUGUCAAAGUGGGAUUAAACCCUAAUUCUUUGGAGCAAAACGGGGAUUGAACCCCGAUGCUUCGGUGCCAAACCAGGAUCAAACCCCAGUGCUCGGGUGUCUCGGCGCCACCGAGCCCACAGUGCCUCCAGCUGGCAUUCCCACCGCCGCCAAACUCCCACCUCCCUCCUCUUUUUUAGGAUAUCUUCCUAUUUUUAAGCUCCAAAACCCACCUGAGCAGCCUCGGGCAGGACCGUGGUGGGGUCCCCUCCACCCGGGAUCGUCCCCGGCCCCAGACAGGGCCUGACCCCAGAAGGGCUCCGGAAUUCAGGCGCGGGUGUACAUAGUUUAAUUAGCGCCAGGAUUAAAUAUUAAAUAGCACGUGCUGGGUGA